AUGGCUGCAAAUUGCAACUCCUCAUGGGGUCAGGGAGGACCCUGCAACAGCCCUGAGUCAGAGCCGCCACGGUCUGUGGCUUCCCCAGAAACUCAACUUGGAAAUCAUGACUGGGACCCUGAGACUUGUCACGUGAACUUCAGGAUGUUCAGCUGCCCAGAGGAGUCGGACCCCAUCCAGGCUCUGAGGAAACUCACUGAGCUGUGCCAUCUGUGGCUGAGGCCCGACCUCCACACCAAAGAGCAGAUCCUGGACAUGCUGGUGAUGGAGCAGUUCAUGAUCUCCAUGCCCCAGGAGCUCCAGGUCUUAGUCAAGGUGAACGGUGUGCAGAGCUGCAAAGACCUGGAGGACCUGCUACGAAAUAACAGAAGACCCAAGAAAUGGUCUGUGGUCAAUUUUCUUGGCAAGGAAUAUCUUAUGCAGGAAUCAGAUGUCGAGAUGGCUGAAAUCCCUGCCAGUGUCAGAGAUGAUCCGAGAGGCGUGUCCAGCCAACGGGCCUCCUCUGUGAAUGAGAUGCGUCCGGGGGAAGGCCAGGCCAGCCGAGAGCUGCAGACCCUGCCCAGGGUCCCUGCACUGUCCAGAAGGCAGGAAGAGGACUUCCUGCUGCCAGAGACUACUGUCAUGAAAAGUGCCCCAAAGGCUCUGAGACCCAAGCCAACCUUGGAGAAGGAUCUGAACGUAGACAGGGAAGAAAACACGGGACUGACAUCCCCAGAGCCUCAGCUUCCAAACGGUCCUACAGGUGUGGUGGGAGCAAAGGAGGGGAAGGAACCCAAAAAAAGAGCCUCUGUCGAAAAUGUGGAUGCUGACACACCUUCUGCCUGCGUUGUGGAGAGAGAAGCUUCGACUCACAGCGGGAACAGAGGAGACGCUCUGAAUCUGAGGUGUCCCAAAAGAAGCAAACCAGACGCCACCUCCAUUUCCCAAGAAGGGCCUCAAGGAGGAGCCACACCUGUGGGCAACAGCGAAUCCCCAGGAAAACCUGAGAUAAAUUCAGUUUAUUCCCCAGGCCCUGCGGGCGCAGUCAGUCACCCCAAUGGCCAAGAAGCCAAGGAACUGCCGCCCUUUGCGUGUGGCGUGUGCAAUAAGAGGUUUACGUGUAAUUCCAAGCUAGCCAUCCACAUGAGAUCACACACAGGAGAGAGACCCUUUCAAUGUAAUUUCUGUGAGAGGUGCUUCACGCAGCUCUCAGACCUCCGCGUCCACCAGCGAAUCCACACUGGUGAGAAGCCCUACACAUGUGACAUCUGUCACAAACGGUUCAACAGGAAGUUCUCCUUGAAGUGUCACAAGAGGAGCCACACGGGGGAGAAGCCCUAUAAAUGUAACGACUGCAACCAAGUUUUCACCUACAGGAAGAACCUGAAGGAGCACAAGCUCAUCCACUCCGGAGAGAAACCCUAUAAAUGUCCCAAGUGUCCAAGAGCCUUUCGUCGGCCUGAAACGUUAAAAUACCACCAGAAAACACAUCAAGAAACCACUGCACCCAGAGAAUGUGAAGGAUGA